AUGAGAGUCUUCGUAAUUUUGGUCGCAUGCGCAACCUUAACUGCUGGUAGUGCAAUUCCGUCAAUACCAGGGGAUAAUAGCCAUUAUGUGGAAGGUGAAAGCCGCUACAUUUGGAUGCCCGACGGUGAAGGUGUUCCGCAUCUCGUCGAUCUACACCAGCCAGCUGAUGAAGCCUUCUUGAAUUCAAGAAACGGAAACAACAACCAAUAUUGGCUAUUCACCAGACAAAAUCGCAACAACAGACAAAACCUCCAAAACGGGAAUGCAAAUUCCGUUCGAAACUCUAACUACAGAGGUAAUCGCCCGACGAAGUUUAUCGUUCAUGGAUGGAGGAAUAACGGUAACAGCCCCAUGAAUCCUCUGAUAAAGGACGCUUUUCUUGCCGUUAUGGAUUGUAACGUUAUUGUCGUGGACUGGUCUGGUCUCGCUGGAAGAGACUACAAUACAGCUGUAAGAGGCGUUCCCGAUGUCGGCAACCAUAUGGGAAGAUUCAUCCAAUUCCUGUUUAACACAGCUGGUGGAAAUUGGGACCAACUUCAUUUGGUUGGAUUUAGUUUAGGAGCUCACAUUAUUGGUAACGCAGGGCGCGCUGUUGGUGGUCGGGCUCGUAGAGUUACAGGUUUAGACCCGGCUGGUCCAAAUUGGGGCGGAAACAAUCUAGCACUGAACCGAUACUCCGGAAGAUUCGUGGAAGCCAUUCACACCGAUGGUAGACUUCUUGGUAUCAUGGAUCCGAUUGCUCACGCUGACUUUUACCCCAACGGCGGCAGAAAUCCACAGCCAGGAUGCGGCAUUAGUACCUGCUCACACUCGCGUGCGACGGAGUUUUUCGCCGCUACGGUCCAUCACGGCCAUCUUCCUGGAAGACAGUGCCCCAACGUCUGGGAAGCAGAACUUUCGAACUGUCAUGGCGCUGUCUUGCACAUGGGCAAUGCAUACCUUGGAAAACGAGGGUACGGACUCUAUGGUUUGAGGACUGGAGCUAACUGGCCCUUCUAA